AUGAUACCAACGUCUACACUUAGUACACUAGUCUUAUAUUUUCAACAAGACAGUUCAAUAACAAUGGAUAUGUUAACAGAAUAUUUGACAUGUAUGCCUGUUUUAAAGCAUCUUGAAAUUAAAGCACACAGUAAACUUCUUGAUGCAAAUGCAUGGAAGAUGUUGUUGGAAACAUCCUUACCAUUACUAACUCAUUUUACUCUUCAAACAACUACAUUUCGUAUAGAAGAAGUUGAUCUUCAAGAUGUGCUCAUUUCAUUUCAAAGUUCAUAUUGGAUAUCGAAAAAGAACUUCAAUAUAAUAGUAACCAAACAUGAAUAUUCGGAUUUCGAUGGUUUCGGCAUAGACAAAAUGAAACACAUUGUUCGAUGUGAAUUUGAUUGGCCUGUUAUUCAAUGUUGGAUAGCACCUAAACGUACUGGUAAUAAUAAUAAUCUUAUGAUAGAAUCAACAUUACCUAAUAUUUAUUUAAGAAGUAUUAAUUUAGCGCAAUAUAUCGUUGAACUUGUCCAUUCUAAUAUAGAUAAAAUACCUAAACUUGUUGUAUGA